AGAGAGAGAGAGGAGGCUGCAGAAGCAUACAGAUGAGAGUGGGAGUACUUGAUAAAGAGAAAUCUACAGCGCAGGCAGCUCUCGCUCUUUCUCUCUCUCUCUCUUACACACACACACACACACAUUCACACACACACACACACACACUCGCGAGCGAGCGCACACACUCCGGGGAGCAGCCAAGCGAGCGCAACAGCUGAAAGAGAAACAGAAAAAGCUGCUGCUGCUGCUGCUGUGCGCGACAAACACUCAGUGCUUUGCUUCUGCUGGCGGAUCUAUUAUAGCUCCAGUCUGAUGAAAACAGCCCUCUGUGGCAGGAUUUAACCCCAGGACGGGAGCUGUUUUCUGGAUACAACUUCAGCCUUCGCCCCCUCCUCAUCCUCCCUCUGGCUGGAUUGAGAGAAAGCAACAUCUGGACGCCUUCACCUCCUCUUUACCUGCAUGCUGACCCCUCCAUCCUCACCAUGCCUCUAGCCUAGCCUCCCCUUCCUCCUCCUCCUCCUCCUCCUUCUUUCUUCACCUUUCCCCCCUUUCCUUUACCUGCCUUCCCCCCUUUUAUUCUGCUGCCUUGCCAAAAGACUCCUCAGCAGCAUGGCGGGCUCCUUCGACAGCCACUUUGCCCGCCAUAACAUGAUGUGGCAGUGCCAGCUGUCUCAGCCGGACUGCCGCUGCUACCGUGUGGACGGCUACUCCUUAUUGAAGCGUUUGCCCCUCCACCCCCUCAUAGGUCCCCGCUGCCCGCUGCAGUCCGUGGGCCAGUGGCUGGACUCCAUCGGCCUGGUCCAGUACGAGAACCACCUGCUGGCCAACGGCUUCGACAACGUCCAGUUCAUGGGCAGCAACGUGGUGGAGGAUCAGGACCUGCUGGAGAUCGGGAUCCUCAACUCGGCCCACAGACAGCGCCUCCUGCAGGCCAUCCGGCUGCUGCCCCGGGUUCGACCUGUCGGCUACGAUGGGAACAACCCCACGUCGGUGGCCGAGUGGCUGGAGUCUCUGGAGCUGGGAGACUACACCAAGUCCUUCCUCAUCAACGGCUACACCUCCAUGGAGCUGGUCAAGAAGAUCUGGGAGAUCGAGCUCAUCAACGUAUUGAAGAUCAGUCUUAUCGGACACAGAAAACGGAUCCUAGCGUCAUUGGGGGACCGGCUACACGAAGACACCCCGCAAAAACCUCCCAGGGCCAUCUCCCUCCGGGAGCCCGGGAACCACACGCCCCCCCAGCUCAGCCCGUCGGUGGGCCAGGCAGCGUACACGGCGGGGGUCCCAGGAGGAUCUCUGGACGUGCAGCACCUCAUCAUGCAGGCGGACGCCCGGCGCAGGCAGCGCAGCAAUGACAACUACUUCGAGGACGUGCCGCGAUCCAAGCUGGAGCGACAGAUGGCCCAAGUCAGCAUGGCCGGCGAGUGGUGCGAGCCCAUCACGUUGCGUCCUCCCAACGAGGCGACCUCGUCCACCCCGGUGCAGUACUGGCAGCACCACCCCGAGAAGCUCAUCUUCCAGUCCUGCGACUAUGAAGCCUACUACCUGGGCUCCAUGCUGGUGAAGGAGCUGAGAGGGACGGAGUCCACACAAGACGCUUGUGCCAAAAUGAGGAAGUCGACAGAACAGAUGAAGAAAGUGCCGACCAUCGUCCUCUCCGUGUCCUACAAAGGAGUGAAGUUCAUCGACGCCACAAAUAAGAACAUCAUAGCAGAACAUGAGAUCCGUAACAUCUCGUGUGCGGCUCAGGAUCCAGAGGAUCUGUCUACAUUUGCCUACAUCACCAAAGACCUCAAGUCCAGUCACCACUACUGCCACGUCUUCACUGCUUUUGAUGUGAACCUGGCAUACGAGAUCAUCCUGACACUGGGCCAGGCCUUCGAGGUGGCCUACCAGCUGGCCCUGCAGGCUAGGAAGAGCGGCCACGGAUCAUCCACGCUGCCGGAGAGCUUUGACAGCAAGCCCAGCAAACCCGUCCCCAAACCUCGAGUCAACAUCCGCAAAUCUCAGAUGGAGCAGCCGUCCAUGGACCAGAAGGGCCACGCCAACGUGCCGUGGAUUGUGGAGCCGGGUCAGGAGGCCAAGAGAGGAGUCAACACCAAGGCAAUGCCGGACGCUCAUGUCUAUUACUGUGGAAUGCAAAGAAUGUAGCCAGCCCUAAACACGGACCUUGUCAAACAUACAAUGCAAAAUGGACUACAAAGGACUACAAACAUGGACGCUACUCCACAGUGUUUAAGGUUGACUACAAAAUAUUUACACCAUUCAUCCACAUGAUGCUUGACACAGUAAACAUAUGACAAACAGACAUUUAUACACACUGGCAGGACUACGGUCUGCUCUGAAUGUACUCUUAUUUUGAAAAGCAGCCUCAACUUUCUGCAACUGCAACAGGAUCUGUUUUAUGCGCCCAACUGGGAGCAACUUUUGGGGCAAUCUCCACGUCUCCAUACAGACUGUGAGUACGGUUACAGGGCAUCUGUUGGUAACAAUGGACGAUGGACUUAAAGGCACCGCAGGGCAUGUGUAAGGGGUUUGAGGACGUCUGGCUGGCUCUUUUGGUCUUUUUAUUUUCUUUAAAGUCAGAAAAUAAUACAGAGAUAUAUGCACAAGCGUGUAAAUGUGAUUGGACUAGCUGCAACACGCUACGAUGCAACAUCCUGAUGGAUGAUGAACCUACGUGAACAAAACAGCAUCUGGCGUUUAAAAAAAAAAAAAGUAUUCUAUUCGUAUUGCCCGACAUUUUAAUGUUUAAUAUGAGAGUAUUAUAUUACCAUGAUGAUUAUGAUUAUUCUUGUGCAAUUCUUGUCUACUGUUGUCUUAAUGUUACAUUAUUUUUCUAUGAUAUGUUGAGAUGAAAACCUUUGGGCUUGAGAAUGAUGGCCAUCCUUUAAAAAAUCUGAAACUAUAUGAUCAUACUUGUAUACAGAGAGUGAAUGUUGCAGGUGGCUAGCUAACUCGUCAGGUCAACCCUCGUCAUUUCUCAUGGGGCUCUACUCUUAUCUAGCAGAUGUACUAUUUUAAACGCAGUAUUACUGUAUUAUUUGGAUGAGACAUUGUCCAAUUAUAAAAUGUACAUAGAUAUUUUGCCAACUCAUUGUUCAUACAUGUAAUGUAAAAGAGAAAAGAGUAAAAGGAUCUGCAGUACAUGGCACUGGAAACAAGGUACCAAAAUAAAGGUCGGACAUUAAAAGAAGUGGUAGAUUGUAGAGAUUGUAUUUUGAGUGAAAACUGAAAUGCAUUAUUUGGUGACAUCACUGCUGACCAACUUAUGUACAUAGGCUUGGGCUUCCAGCACACUGAUUUUUGUAAUUUUGGCCAUUAUUUAUAUCCUUGUAAAGCACAUGGAAUAAAAUAUGACUUGUAAAACCAUUA